UGAGCAGCUGUUGUUUCCUGUUAAUUGUGUUUUGCCGCUAAUCGACUGUCAGCAGUGGAAAUUGACCAACUUGAGAAUUUGGUCUUGGUUCAAAGGUCACUCCGAAGUCUUAGAUUUAAAGCUGCGGCGUCGAGUUGUGUACUGAGGUCGGGUUACAACAUAAUCCGUACGAUGUGCAGCGCUGAAACACCCAAAUUUGAAACUCUCCAGUUGACUCGCCCUAGAGAGUUUGUGGUGCAAGUUGAGUUAAGUCGACCAGAGAAGAGGAAUGCUAUGAAUACAGCUUUCUGGAGGGAGAUGGUGGAGUGUUUUAACUACCUCAGUGAUGACACAGACUGUCGAGUGGUUGUGGUCUCUGCGGCAGGCAAAAUGUUCACAGCAGGUAUUGACCUCACGGAUCUCGAUGGUCUUGUUGGAACGCUGCAGUCUAAAAUGGAUGUGGGACGGAAAGCGUUUGUUGCAAAGAAGACUAUCAAAGCGUAUCAAGAAACAUUCUCGGUUAUUGAGAAAUGUCCAAAGCCUGUUAUUGCAGCUAUCCACAAUGCAUGUAUUGGAGGUGGGAUUGAUAUGACGUCAGCCUGUGACAUUCGGUACUGUUCACAAGAUGCCUGGUUCCAAAUCAAGGAAAUAGACGUGGGUCUGGCUGCUGAUGUCGGCACAUUGCAGCGAUUCCCAAAGAUUGUUGGUAACGACAGCCUCACACGCGAACUUGCGUACACUGCCAGGAAAUUUUAUGCAGAUGAGGCUAAACAGAUGGGAUUUAUAAGUCGUAUAUUCCCAGACAAAGAGACUAUGGUGCAGAGUGCCCUAGAUGUGGCAUCACUGAUAGCAUCUAAAAGUCCAGUAGCCGUUCAGGGAACUAAAGUCAGUCUUGUGUUUUCCCGCGACCACAGUGUACCGGAGGGACUGGAGCACAUAGCCAUGUGGAACCAGGCAAUGCUACAGAGUGAGGAUCUAAUGAAGGCGGCCAUGGCUCAAGUGCAGAAAAAGAAGGCUACUUUUUCAAAAUUGUGAUGAGGACUUUAUCAACAGAUAAUGCUUGCUAUAUUGUAUGAAUCACUGGCUCUUGUGUCGAGUUGAUCAGUGGUUAUUUCUCGGUGAUGAAUUCACAAAUUGUGACGUGAUCAAUGAGAUCAAAGUCAUAAAAUGACCAAUGAAAUACAGAUCAUGAAAUGACCAAUAAAAUGACAGAUCAUGAAAUGGCCUAUGAAAUGACAGAUCAUGAAAUGAUAUAUUAUUGUGAUUAUGAAGUUUCAAAUAAAUUACAAAUUUAUAUUCUGUGAGUGUGUCUGUGUGUGGUGUGUGUGUGUGUGUAUGUGGCAUAUGUGUAUUUGAAACAUAGGAUUUUGUACAGUAAUAAAUAACCAUUUAUCCAA